AUGAGCAAUUUCUUAUUCAUAAGUCUUAAGUCAUGUACUAAUAGAGAAAAAAGUCUUAAAAUUAAUAAACUUUCUACAAAAUCAAAAGUUUAAUUACAAGCCUAUGGAAAAGACCCAUUGAUAGAUUCUGAAGAGCAGAGAUAGCAACUAAUGUAGCAUGAAAAGCAAUUAGGAGAAAGGAAAUAUGAAUUCCAUGAAGACUGUCAUACUUUUUUCGUUAGAAGAUAGGGAGAGAGUCAAUAGAUAGGAUGUUAUUCAAAUUCACUUCCCAAGAAACUUGAUUAUAAAAAACAUCGACUUUAAAAAAUGUUAUCCUUAUCAAACACUAAUUUACACAAUGUCUUCCAUUACAAGGUGUUUCAAGUGAUAUUCGACAAAUUAGAAAAAAUCUUAACCUGA